AGGUUCAGGAAACAAUAGAACAGGUAGAACGUUGGUCAAUGAGAUGGGGUUUUAGAUUUUCAAAGGAAAAAUCUCAAGUGGUUUUCUUUACAAGGAAAAAGAUAGGGGAGGAAAUUAAUCUUAAAUUAUAUGGACAUGUUCUGGAGAAAGUAGAGUCCUUUAGGUUUUUGGGAAUGGUUUUUGAUGCUAGGUUAACAUGGGCAGGUCACAUAGAGAAAGUUUUAGUAAAGUGUAAAAAAGUAUUAAAUGUGAUGAUGUGUCUGACAGGAGUGGACUGGGGGGCGAGCAGGCAAUCACUGAGGGAGAUAUAUGUUUCACUGAUUAAGUCUGUUAUAGAUUAUGGUUGUAUAGCAUAUAGAGAUGCAGCAAAAACUACACUGGCUAAACUGGAAGUAAUACAAACUCAAGCACUUAGGAUAUGCAGUGGGGCUUUUCGGACAUCACCUGCAGUGGCGUUGCAAGUAGAGAUGGGUGAGAUGCCUUUACAUUUAAGGAGGGAACAGUUGGCAGCUAACUAUUGGGCAAACCUACAAGGACAUAAUAGGUCCCACCCAACUAGAGUAGUAAUGCAGGUGUGCUGGGAGCAUGAAAGGGUUAAAAGUCAGAGUUUUGGAUGGGUAUGUGAUGCUAUUGGAAAAGACUUGGGGUUAGAGGGUAUAGAAUUUAGUCCAACAGUUCCGUUGCCUGUCAGACCACCAUGGUUGUUUGUGGAACCUAUAGUGGAUUUGCAGUUAUUAAAUAGAAACUUAAAGAGUAGAGUAGAGGUGGAUUUAUGUAGAGUUUUUUGUGAACAUCUGAAUGAGGAGUUUAAUGGGUAUCUGGAUAUUUACACAGAUGGGUCUAAAGAUCCUAAGUCUGGGCAAACAGGGGCUGCAUUUGGAAUACCAAAAAUGGGAGUUAAGGUACAGAAGAGACUGUCUGAUCAAAUAUCUGUAUUUACAGUGGAAUUGAUGGGUAUCUGGUUGGCUCUACAGUGGGUAGAAGAAACAAGACCGGAUAAAGUUGUAAUUUGUUCAGACUCUAGUGCAGCACUAAAGUGUUUGCAAUCAUUUAAGUCAAAAUCAAGACUAGACAUAGUAUAUGAGGUACUAGAAUGUUACACAAGGAUUUCUCAGUUGGGGGUGAAGGUAAAAUUUACAUGGGUACCAGCUCAUGUUGGUGUUAAAGGAAAUGAAAUGGCAGAUGGUUUGGCAAAACAAGCCAGUAAAAGAGAAGAUGUGGAAAUAUCAAUCUUAAUGAGUAAAACAGAAGCUAAAACAAAAAUCUGGAUGGAAAUUAUGAAAAAGUGGCAGUGUGGUUGGGAUAGAGAGGAGAAAGGGAGACAUUUAUACAGAAUACAAAAGAAGGUUGGGACAGAGAGGAUCACUGGAAGGAGUCGAAGGGAAGAAAUAAUUUUCACUAGGUUAAGGAUUGGACAUUGUGGGUUGAAUAAGUGCUUACAUAUUUUAGGUAAGCAUGUAACAGGAAGAUGUGAAUUUUGUGACAGUAUGGAAUCUGUUGAACAUGUGGUACUUGAAUGCCAAAAAUAUGAUAGAGAAAGGAUAAAGAUGAAAGAAAGCAUAAGGAAUUUGGGGGUGCAAGGGAAUUCACUUAGGGAACUUCUGGGAUUAACUUCAAAUGAUAUCAGUACUCAUUUAUUUACCUUCCUUAAGGACACGGGGAUAGCAAAUAGAAUAUAGAAGACAAAAAAAAAUUAAUUAAAGGGUGGGGGAAGAGAGUUGGAAGUCUCCAUUUUAGUUUUAGUUUCUCUUUGUCUAGCUCCGGUUCACACUCCAGUACAGUAGGUGGCGGUAAUGCACCAUUGAAGUUGGAUGCCAACCGCCGUUAAACAUCAAGGAAGAAGAAGAAGAAGAUUUCAAUCUGGAAAUCAGUAAAGCCCCUUUCACACUGCCAUUCCGGCAAAUACAGGGGUAAAGUGUUCCUGUAAUUGUUCCCUGGUCGCUAGAUUUGCCACUUUCACACUGCCAGGGAUGACCCGGUAUAUGUGCGUGCUUUCACACACAACCCUUGAAGAUCCCGUAAUGACACGUGACAUCAGCGCGUGACGUGUAAUGUACGAGUCGACAACGCUAGGCACGUUAUACUUUCACUGAAGCAAGUGAACGAUCUCGUCGUCAGCGCGGAAAGUGAGGAACUAACUGAUCUCUGCUUCAUUACAGGCUGCACAUGUUUUCUCGUCGCGAAUGUUGAUCUUCCUUCAAAACAGCUGGUAAAAGAGUCGCGCGAUAACGCGUGUCAUCACUUCGAUACCGAAUUAGAUCUGGCUUUUGUUCACACAGCGCUCGUUCCGGAUCGAUUACCGCAAUGUUACUAUGUCCCCGACCCGGGUUCGAUUCGGUAAUCAAUUCCGGGACGUGGUUGCUUUCACACAGAAGGCGACCAGGCAAUGUUACGGGAAUAUUGCGGGUCCGACGUGCAGUGUGAAAGGGGCUUAACAGAGGUCAGAAUUUUUCUGUUUUAGCUGUAUGCGCGUUGUCAAACUAUGUCUUGCUCACACAGAUUGUAUAUUUGCUUUCUCUUCCUGUUACUUACGGUUUUUAACAAGAUAGACGACAUUAUUAAUCGAAACGUAUAAUAAUCGCCAUUUCAGACGAAUUUAUGCAAUGCUAAAUGUUUAAAUGGAUAAACAAUGACUUUAAAACAUCAUCGGACACUGGCCAAUAAGUUUUUAAGCACUGACUAUAAAUUACAUUCAGACAACUAUUUAUUGAAGCUAGUAAUACCAUGUAAAAUAGCAAAUCAAGAUCAGAUUUAUAUUUGAUUACAAUAACGUUUUGCUUUCUAAGAGUUAUCCUAAUUUAAGUAUUUCUCACCACAGCUAUAAUAAUUGUUUUUUUUGGUGGCCUCUAAGAAUAGCCGGGAGUUUCCUGUGCUGCUGUGGACGUGACAACCCUGGUGUGUACCGAUUAUGUAACGCGUUAACAGACGUUCAGCUCUCAGUUGAAGAAACAACGCCAUCUCUUGGUGAAAGCACUGUAUGACCAUCGGAUUAUGGUAAAGGUGGAGGUAUUAUUAGGACAGUUUAGAAAGAGCAUGUGGAUCAAGAUUAUGAAAAAGCUUUAAAUUAAGCAUUUAUAAGAUGGAGCACUGGCCCCCUGGAAAUCUUUGUUGCUCGAGCCACAUCUGUUGCAUAUUCCUGAGAGGAGCUGAUGUCAAUGUUGCCCCAGCCAAUAUCAAGAAUCUAUCUUUCUAAGACUAUUUUAUUCCCAGAUCACACAGAACGAUUCAUUUACCAAGUGUAGAGAUCCAGUUGCAGCUGUUCUUGACUCACUGAAGUGAGUCUUCAAGCAAUGUGACGCAUCUCUGAUAAUAUAGAAUAUAGAUAAGUCUUAGAAUUAAUAUAUAAAGCUUUAAAAUAGACUACAUAAGAGCUUAGAGUUCACAUGCACUGACAUUGAUAGAUGUUUUCUUAUGGUUGUCCUCUUGCACGGACAGCUCUUUUCACCUUGCUGUGAAAUUUGUAGUGGUUUUACUGGAUAUAUUACACAUUCUACUACUUUUUCACUCCGUUAAUCCUUAGCAGUGAUUUGAGAGAAGAGAAUAACAGUUAAAAGGCAUAUGAUUUGCUGUUCUUUACUGAUGUCACGCUUUCAAGUGCAUACGCUCCAUAAACUCAAAGCCUGAGAUGACAGAGAAAGUUGUUGAUCAGCAUCAUGGUACCAUCAAAGCAGCACUGGAUUGGAUUGGUUUUGUCAACUCAGAAAUAAUUCUGUUACCUGGAGUUUGUUCAGCCACCAUCAUGGUGCAAGCCCCCUGGUGCCCCACACCUUGAGUUUGUGGAGGAUUUGUCUAUAGGUGUGAAAAGUUACUAAUGGCAAGUGUUGUUUUUUUUUUUAUAUAUAUAUAAAAAUCAUAUUUAUGUUACAUGUAUGUAAAUUGUUUUUUUAACUACAUCUGCUGUAAGAUGAUGAUCUGUUUUAGGCUUGGUAUGAAAUUCUUGAAUGUAUACAUAAAUCUGGGAUAUUGGGUAAUCAUUGAAAACAAUGUUAAAAUAAUGUAAAUCGAUGUCUAAUGUAUCUUCCUCGCUGCCUUAGCAGUUUGAAAUUAUAUAAUAAAUGCAUAAUUCAUUCCCCAUUUAAGAUCUUUUUACUUAUGUUUUUUUACUUAUUUACUUAUUUUACUGCUAUGGUUCAGCAUUAGAGGGUUUGCUGGUCUUAGCUGGUUUAAAAUGGUCUCUUGUCUAACUGAUCUCUGUUGAGAGCUCAAAACCCUCUCUAUAACAGCCCAAACAGGCUGGGAGACUUGAGAUUUUGUAUCACGUGUUUGUGUUGUCUUUUUAUGUUGUCAGUUUUGUCACAAUAAAUUAUUAAUUCUG